AACUCACUUGUUACCUGCACGUUGCAGUGGGAUUGCGCUCCCAGGACCUGCAAGGGUUUGGUUGCAGCGUGCAGGAGAGCCAUAAGGUGUUUUUGUAGAAAGGAAAAGUGCAUUUCCUCUUAAGAUUUCCCUGUGUUCUGGUGUGCAGUUGCAGCAGGCUGCACUUAGUGCAUCGGGUGGUAGCUUCCAGUCCUCUAUUGUAAUUUUGUGCUUAUCUUUUUCCUUCCAUGUAUAGAAGCAGGAGUAAUAUGUACUUCCAAAAGAAUACUGUGAAAAUAAGUAAAUGACUAUGUUAUAGACCAGUUUGUUGUGGCACCUUCCACAUAAAGGAUUGGUGCUUCCUAUAUGUUUUUGUGAAUUGCAUUUCAAGGCUCACUGUCUAACAAAUAAUAGAUGCUGUUUGUUUGUAGGCUUGUGUUACUUCCCAUGCGCACUGGGUACUGUGGAGAGAAGUCAUUGGAAAUAGCUUGGGAUUUCUGCCAGAGGGAUGGUAAUGCACAGAACACUGAGCAGGAUGAACUGCAGGUCUUCAGAGAAAACAGGCUGGAAAGGAAGUGGUUGAAACUGCACACCAAGUGCAUGUCAGGGCUCAAGUAAGGAACUGAGGGAGUUUAUAGUCCCUUAGCAAAGUUCAUGGUCCUGUAAUAAAGAACGGAUGCUGAAAAGUAGGAUUAUGAACUAUUUUCUGGGUAUGAGUGUAGCAAAUGUAAACCUGAGACUGAUAAGGUUUUGAUAGCAGUGAAAAGAUAACUUCCUGAUUAAUUUUGAGUCAUUGUCAAAGAAGAUAAUGUGAAUCACUUUGCAUACUUUGACGCAGUGUCAAAGACAAUAUUAGAUGCUUCAUGGGGCCUGUCAGGGAUAUCAGUGCUGAAUUGUGGGAGCUCCAGGCAGUCUCACCUGAAAUAGCUCCAAUCCCUAAUGGAAGAGAACAAAGAUACCAUGAAACAGUGCAAGCCAGAGAAUGAAUCAAGGACUUCUCCAGGUCUGGGCUGGAGUACUUAAUUUCUUCAUAGUAGCUGGUAUGGGGCUGUGUUUUGGAUUUGUGCUGGAAACAGUAUUGUUAAUGUUGAGGUGUUUAACUUAUUGUUGAGCAGUGCUGACCCAGAGCCAAGGCCUUUUCUUCUCACCCCACCCCACCAGCAAUGCUGGAAGGGCACAGGAAAUUGGGAGGGGCCACAUCCAAGACAGCUGACCCCAAGCGACCAGAGGGAUAUCCCACUCCGUUUGUGUCAUAGUCAGCAUGUAAAGGUAGAGGAAAAAGAAGGAGGGGGAAGUUCUGAGUGACAGAGCAUGGUGCUGAUGAUGCCAUGGUCUUCAGAGCUGGACUCAAUGGUCCUUGUGGGUCCCUUCCCACUCAGAAUAUUCUGCGAGUCUUAAGUCACCAUUGUGAGUGAUGGAGCCCUGCUGUCCCUAGAAUGGCUGAGUUCCUGCCUGCCAGCAGGAAUUAGUGGAUGAAUUCUUUGUUUUGCUUUGUGUGUGUCUUUUCCUUUACCUAUUAAACCAUAUUUAUCUCUACUUUUCUCACUUUUAUUCCCCGCCAUUCCACUUGGGGAGGAGGUAACAGUGUCUGAUGCUUAGCAGCCCACAGGGGUUAAGCAACAGCAUUGCUGAAGUGUGAAGGGUGAGUAGCGGUGGGCUUUUGAUGGCCUGCACUUUGUCACUUAAGAGGGAGAAGGGAAGAAAAGGAAAAAAAAUCCUCUCAAACAUAAGGUAAUGACAGAGAAAGUACUCUUUUCUGCUGUUGUAGGUAAAAAGUAUUAAACUGAGACAGAAAGGAAGAAGCCUAAAGGAAUCUUCCCCUCCAGAUGGAAAUGAGUAAAAGGGAAUGCAACAAUACUUAGUAAUGGAUUACCAGUAAGGAGAAAGGUGUUAUGAUGGAUAAGGCAGGUAAAGAGUAAUGGCUUAGUGGAAAAAUUAUGCCUAAUACAAUUAGCACACCUGACUAAGUGCUUAAAUGUAUAUAAAUAGCAGUAGCAGCCUGAGCAAGAGAACUGAGUGACUUGAACUAUCUUGCAGGGCAUUGAUCUGGAAAUUGCAACAAAAAUAGAAAUACGGCAGAGGUAGAAGGAAAGCUGGAUCUACAGAAUAUGCAUUGUACUAGAAGGAUAAAAAUUAAGGGAAGUUUAUUGAAUAGUCCUAGACAUAACAGUGCUAUGGAGAAAAAGUGCAUUUAAAAAAAUUCACUCGAGUGGAAAACACUUUGUCUUAUCUUUGAUCUUCCUGUAGUAGGUCUGUGAAUUUUUAAUAUUCUUCCUGUCUCUGGCAAAUGUGAGUACAGGUCUUAGAAGUGCUGUUAAGUAGCCUGUUAUUGUAAAUGUAUUGUGACGCUCAUUGCCAGGUACAUUAAUGGAAACAGGAGGAGCCAAAUGCCAUUGUCCGAUGAAAGAGAAUAGAUUCUCCUGGAUGUUAUAACUGACUGGCUCUCUGUAUAUCCCUCUGCAUCCCCAGUAAGUCAGGAAACCAAGAUCUGGGUAAAUAGUUAUGCUCUAAAUAAUAUUUUCUUAAAAAAAACAAUAGUUACACUCAUCCUGUUGCCUUGAUUUAAGCUCAACAAAAGAAAAAAAUGGUUCUGGAAAUAGAGUGCUUAAAUAAAUUUCUGUAAUCUAAGGAAAGUGAAAUAAGUCAACAAGCUCAGGGAGAUGAACCAUGACAUUUUUUCCAAGUGUGAGGUGUCAAGCCAGUACUGAAACUUUAUCCCAAGUAAGAAAAAGAUGAGAGGGGAAGUGUGUUCCAGGAAGAGCCACUGAAGGCAAAGGUGACCUGGACUGGAUGAGAAGCUCUCAAGAAAUAUGAAGAGUAAGUAGAGAGUUUAUAGGUGUACAACAUAGGAGAAUAUUCAGCAAAUACAAGCUGCUUCCUUUGAUGUCUGAAAUGUGGGGAGAUAGUAGGAUCUGACAGUAUUGAAUUUAAAUUGGGUCAUUCAGAAAGAUACUAAACCAUGUGAGGUUUUUUUCCACAGUAUACAUUUUCAAUAAGGUGUAAAAAAAAAAAUUGUGUAUACUUUGUAGUGAAAAUGAUGUUAUAAUUAUCUAGGUGAAAACCCAGAAGAGGGGGUUUCAAACACAGGGGAAAAAUUAUUGUUGAAAUAAAGUGGGACAGUGGAAACAGCUGUUUUUAAGGCAAACUCCAGCAUCUACUUGCAUAAAUGCCUUUUGUUGGAGCAUCACAUGUUCUUCCAGAGCUCUGGGAUGGACUUUUGAAAUUGCAGAUAUGGUAGCAAGAGCUUUCUUGCUUUUUAAACAAGUUGUACUCUGUACUGUAAUCAAAGACUGAGAUUGUAUAUAUAGAGAGAUUUAAAUACUCUGUUGAUAACUAGACAGUAAUGAAGGGAUCACUAGUUUUGACAAGUGACAUAAAUUUGAUUAGGAUGUUUGUCAAUUUUAUAUGCUUUUUCUAUGGAUUCUGCUGGUGUAUAAUAAGACUAAUACGGAAUUUUGACAGGACUUCAGAAUUCAUUUACAGUUAGUUUCUGUUAUGCAGAUUAUCAAACUCAUCUGUGAGGAGAAAAAAUAAAUUAGGGAUGUAUUGGGAAAUAAAAUGAAAGAAGUGUCUUAUUAACUUCUGAAUGCUUGCUGCCUAUUAUUUAGCAUAACCUAAAUGUGAUGUUGAGGAUGAAGCCAUAUCAGGAAGCACAGCCCUUUGAGUGUUUAAGGAAGCAUUAAGGAAGAAGUCUGCUAAAAGCUGACUGCUGUGCAUACAGAGUGCAGAAUAUGAACAUUCUAGAAAUUUCCUAACUUUUCAGUAAAAUUAACAUUCUGGUUCUUGAGGUCAGCCUUAAACUAUCAUUUAUGGCUCAGAGUCACAGAUGUGAAAAAGAUGAAUCACCCUUAGCUUGUCUCAAAGCAGCUGCAGAAAGGAAGAAAAAUUCAUUAGAUACUUAAGAAAUCAAGUCUCAACUUACUUUAUUAAUUACAAUAAAAUUCAGUGAGCCUACAGCAAGAUACAAAUCUAUGGAGGUGGUUAUUUUUGAUGGACAUGGAGCAGUGUUACCAGGAAGGAGAAAGGAACCUUCAUACUUCUGGGAAGACACAAGCCAAGUCUGGGAGCUUCGACCGAAAUGUGGAAUUCCUCAAUUUGCUGCCCAAGAGAGGCCCUAAUGCCUUCUCAGCCUUCUGUGAAGCUCUGCGAGAAACCCAACAGCAGCAUCUGGAGGCAAUGAUCCUGAAGACAAUGUCCAGCCUGAGCCAUGAGAUUGCAAGGCUUGAGCACUGUCAUGAGUCAGAUCUUCCAUACCCUGUCAGUGAGUCCUGUAAUUCAAAGAGACCCCGUUGGCUUGAACCAAUGGAACAUUCCUUGGAUAACGGAGAUGGUCCCUCAGUUCCUCCAGUGAAGUAUUGCACUCCUGAAUUUUAUCACAAUCAUCAGCACUUGGCAUACAAGCUGACAUCAGAGCCCCGAGGCUUAGCACUGAUCCUCAGCAAUGUCUGUUUCAGCAGCGAGAAGGACCUGGAAUAUCGCGCAGGGGGAGAUGUGGACUGUGCUUCCCUGGAGAUGCUCUUCAGGCACCUUGGGUAUCGAGUCACUGUUUUUCAUGAUCAAACUGCACAGGAGAUGCAGAAUGCAUUGGAGGGAUUCUCCAAGCUGCGAGAUCACCGAGAUGUGGAUUCCUGCAUUAUAGCUCUGCUUUCCCAUGGUGUGGAGGGUGGGGUUUAUGGCAGUGAUGGCAAACUACUACAGCUGCAGGAGGCUUUCCGGCUGUUUGAUAAUGCUAACUGCCCAAAUCUCCAGAAUAAGCCCAAAAUGUUCUUUAUUCAGGCCUGCCGGGGAGAUGAGUUGGACCGGGGAGUGGAUCAGAGAGAUGGCAAGGGAUGGUCAGAUUCUCCAGGCUGUGAGCAAAGUGAUGCGAACAAGGAGGAAAGCCUGAAGCUGCGGCUGCCAACGUGUUCGGAUAUGAUCUGUGGAUACGCUUGUCUGAAAGGCACCGCGGCCAUGCGGAACACCAAGCGCGGCUCCUGGUACGUCGAGGCGCUCACCUCGGUGUUUGCAGAGGACUCCCGACACACCCACGUGGCUGACAUGCUGGUAAAGGUGAACAGGCAAAUCAAGCAACGAGAAGGUUAUGCCCCAGGCACCGAAUUUCACCGCUGCAAGGAAAUGUCGGAGUAUUGUAGCACGCUCUGCCGGGACCUUUACCUGUUUCCUGGCUACCUACCAGGAAAAUAACCUUGCCAGCUCUGUUUGAAGAGAGAUACUGCCAAAGCUGAACUUUGACUGUGGAUAUCUGUUUUCACUCUUAUGAGCUGUGACGUCAGAUGUGCAAGCAAGGAGUGCCAGUCUAAUUCUUUAUGUCGUUUUCUGAAAUAAACUGGCAACUCUGCUUGUAAUCUGACUCAGUUCAGGGUUUAAAAUUCUAAUAUCCCGAUUGGCUCUGUAUGUAUAGAAAGUGAUGGAAAGAGUAUCAGCACAGGAAGUAGAAAGAAGUGGGAACAUCCUUUGGAAGGAGGCAUAAGGACAUUUGUGAACAAAGUGAAUGUGUAAAUGGAAAUGGACUACUAGUACGAUUUUUAAGUUAAGCCUUUCUGAAAGGAAAAUCAGUCAAAAGAUGCUACUUAUCUUAUGCUUGUUCUUCAACAAUUUUUAAGUACUUUCUGCAUGGUUAUUCAUACAGGACAGUCGACUCCUGUGCGCAUUAGAAAAGGGCUCCUUAUGACGGAGAAUCUUCCCCCCGCUCUAAAAUGGAAGGUUAUUGUUCUCAGUACUCAACACUUUCCAUUUUAGACACUUAAAAGUCUAUUUUUCUAUAUUCCUCCUGUAGCCAAGUUAUCAGAUAUCCCAGAGUAUCAGCAAAACCCAGACAGAUAUGCCUGCAUAAAAUGCCCCAGAAAUAUUUUGAAUCUAGAAAAUCUAGAUUAACUUUCCUUAGUCCCAAGAGUGAGAAACUGCAUGGAAUAUUCCUUUUGAGGAAUUUGUUUGCCAUAGUACUUACAUGUCGCAACAGACAUUCACUCCAACUUCUCAGGACUGUAUAAAUUGCACUGUACAUCUGAAGCCCUGAAACUCUACAGCCUUGUACAAGAGGACCUUUUGUCAAAAAUAUUCAAGGCAGCUCUUUACAGUCUAAGCAUGUUGCUUGGAUUAUUUAUCACUGCAGUUUUUUUCCUGUUUUAAAUGAGAGAGAAGAGUUUUACAUUAUUAUCCUGUUCUGUGAGUUUUCUUUCUGAAUCCGUGAUCAUUUAAAAGCAUAAUCUAUCACUUCUUUUGGAAAUUUCUACCACAGUCUCUUCAUGCUGUAAUUUGUAUCUUGCUGUGUCCAACUGCAGUUACUCCCACUUGAUGUGACAUGGGAGAUGGGCAUUGUUCUCUUUUUGUGGUAGAGCCUAAAUCCUGAGAUACUGGAUUACAUGUGGACUACAGGUGGCUCACUUCAGUCUCAGUCUCUCCAUUUUGUAGCACUAAGUUGGCAUAGUUCUGGCUUUUUUUUAAUGUAAGUAUGGCUUUUAAAAUACAUUUUUCAGGAUAGAAUUAUGAAUGGGAAGCACAAAGGUAAAUGGAGGGAGGCUGGAAAACUAGGCAUGUGCUCUUUUUAUUAUUCUGCCUAGUAAAUGAAGGCUGUGUUUCCUCCAGCUGACAAAGGUGCAGCAUUAACGUGUAUCUUGUAUUUAUCCUACACACAAUGUGAUGAACAGAACAAGAAUCAUACUUGCCAAUUGGUGCCUUACUCUGAAGUCUAAAAUACCAGUACCUCCUGUACCUCCCUGGAGCAUAAACACGGUCUUCCUGAGUGCUCCCUCUACAAAGUGGUGCAAUAUUUUGCAGAUAGGUUUAUUGAUGAAGCAGUCCAUUCUGAUGGAUUGAAUUUCUCUAGGAUUGCAUCAAGUUGCAUUAUCACUGCCACUUUUAUAUGUCUUUUUGUACACAUGUAUUUUACUGCCUUGAGGUGUCAAAAUAAAGAAUUUUUGUUUGAUUAA